AUGCGGGUCCGAAGUGGUUGGACCGAUUGACCAAUGAAAAAUACACUUUCGAAGCGCAGCCGCGCGCGCGAAAGUAAUUGGGAAAUGGGGGUGGGAGAGUAUAUAACAACUCUUACAUUUGUUGUUUUGGUGGUACAUAUAGGAGAUAUAUUAUUGUGUACGUUUGUGCGACGCAUCAGUCUCCCGAGUUCCGACUCCGAGCGAUUGAAUGCAGAUUUAUUCUACAAAUGCUUAUUAUUCUUGGCCAAAAACUUUAGACUCAUUGAUAUUUGUGGUGAAAAACUUCAUUCUGUGUACUGAUACCGUUGUUGUUUUUACUCCUUACGAACAUAUUGGAUAAUCAAUUUCUAAUUUCGAUCAACUGCAAGCACAUGUAAUUAUCAUUAAGUGUCUGCCUUCGUAUCAAGAUAAUAUCUUACAGCUUCGCAUCACCAGUUGGUUCCGCAUUUUCUUUGUAUCAUCACGCUCGAAGGUCGGUGGACGAACACAACAAUGGGCGACAAAGACGUUGCUGACGCAUUCGGCUGUAGCAGAAAUAGCAUUGCUCCUAUUAGCCAACUGCAUUCAGCACCAACCAAACGAUAUGCAACACAUUAUAAUAUGAAUCAUGGAAAGCGUGGUCUUGCUGUAAUAUUUAAUCAUGAAUUUUUUACUGUAAGUCACCUAAAACCACGUUGUGGAACUAAUGUUGAUUGUGAAAAUUUGGCAAAUACCCUUAGAGAUCUAGGAUUUGAGGUUCAUGAUUUUCACAAUUCAACCCAUAAAGUUAUAUCUCAAUACUUGGAAAAAGUGGCAGAAAUGGAUCAUACACAGCAUGAUUGCCUUGUGGUUGCAGUCUUGAGUCAUGGAGAACUUGGCCUUUUAUAUGCUCAUGAUACUCCUUACAAAGCUGAUACUAUUUGGUCCUAUUUUACAUCAGAUAGAUGUCCAACUCUUGCUGGUAAACCCAAGCUUUUUUUCAUUCAAGCUUGUCAAGGAGACAGAUUAGAUGGUGGAAUAACGCUCAAAGAGCGCACGGAAACUGAUGGACAUCCAACAGUGACUUUUAGAAUUCCUACUCAUGCUGACUUUCUGAUAGCCUAUUCAACAGUCCCAGGAUUCUAUUCAUGGAGAAACACAACUAGAGGUUCAUGGUUUAUGCAAGCCUUAUGUAUUGAACUGAAAGAAAAUGGCACACGCUAUGAUAUAUUAACUUUACUAACAUUUGUUUGUCAGCGUGUGGCUAUUGAUUUUGAAUCAAAUACUCCUGACAAUAUUACAAUGCAUCAACAAAAACAGAUUCCGUGCAUUACUUCUAUGUUGACUCGUCUUGUUAAGUUCCCACCAGUACAUAACGGAGCAUAAAUCUCUAAGUUUAAAACAAAAGUUUUUAACUCUCUUGAUUGAAUAGAUUGAAUAAAAAAAUAGAACCAGAUUAUAAAUUAAGACCAAUCUGCAUUGAAAUUUUGAGAAUCUCAGCUUUUUUUUCUCUUUAAAUUUACAAUUUAUGUGAUACCUUUCAAUUUUAUUUACUUUCUUAUCUACCAUGUUUAAUCAAUUUUUCAAGAAUGUUUUGAUAUAAUUAAAUUUUAUAGUAUUGAAGUACUACAUUUUGAAUGCUAUGCUAUUGAUUUGCAAAGUACAUUAUUUUCAUUAUUAUUGGAGCAUUUUAAAAAUGCUCCUGUGAUAUUAUUCAGAAGCUUAAGGAAAAAUUAUAUGCUACAUAAAUUUUUUUAGUAAAAUUACUAAAUAAAAUUGAAAUACUCUCAAAGUAUAAGCAAAUUGUAUUAAAAUAAAUGAAAAAAUAUUUCAAUCAACUGACAAUCAUAGUGAUACUUUUUAAGAAAUAUUGUGGUAUUUAUAUAUAAAUAACAAAAUAAAUUGAUUACUACAUGAUUGCUCUAUGAUAAA